UAAUAUUAUAUAGCUUUAAUGUAAAUAACAAACAUUUUUAAAACUAAAAUAUUACAUGAAUAUUUUAUUUUACUUAGCACUAAACUGAGUUCAGUUCAUUUAGCCUUGUAUCAUAAAUAUUUUAAUAAUAUUUAUGUAUUGUAUACAAUACACUAUUCAUAUUUAAUAUUUUUUAAGACUACAUGUAAAAAAAAAUGUAAUAAUUUAUGAAAAAAUCUUUUUAAAAAACAAAGCAAGUGUAUUUACGUCAAGUGUAUUUAAUGUUAAAAUAUAUAGUAUAUAAUUCUAUAUAAUAGAAUAUAAAGUACAGUUUUUUUUUUAUUGUGCAUUUUACAACACGUGGUAGGUACAUAACUACAUAACUACACUGCUAUGAAAUUAAAUUUAAAAAAUAAACAUAAAAUUAUAUUGUAUGAUUAAAAAUACAAAGAUCGUGGUUUUUUUUUUUGUGUAAAAACAGUAUUUUGUAACUUGGUUCUAUUUAUGUUUUAAUUAUUUAAAAUGAAUUCCUACUGUGAGAACUUAAUCCAUUUUAAAGGCCUGUUAUGUUUGAGUGUUGUACAACUAAACUAUAUUUAGUUAAUAAUGUAAAAUUUUUUAAAUGUUAUAUUUGCAGAAAACGAUAUGAACAAGUUAUUAAAUAUGGCUAGUGAAAAUGACCCAGCAUUCUGCCCAAAUGGUUGUGGGCAUUCAUAUAAGGGCACAGAACGCAAGUCCAAUCUAAAAAGACAUUUGAAACAAUCAUGCCCAAAAUUUCAAUGUACAGUAUGCCAUAAAAAAUACAAAAAAAAGGCAUCGUUGCUGUAUCAUAUGAUGACUAUUCAUUAAACAUAUUUAAGAUAUUUUUGUAAUUAGUUGAAGAAAAUGUUGCAAUAUUUUGCUUUUAUUAAUAAAGUAAAAUAUAUGACAAAUAUAAU